AUGCCCUUCUUCAGCCGCAGUGAACCCUCCCCCGAGCCCGUCUACCACCCGGAGCCGGCCGAGCAGCCGCCCUCGCGCAAGCACAGCCUCUUCCACCGCAACCGCGACCGCGACGUCUCCCCCCUGUCGUCCCAGCGCGCCGGCUCCGUCGCCAGCUCCUCCGGCGGGAACCCCGGCGCCGUCAACAACUCGGGCGGCCUGUUCCGGCACAGCACCGACAGCUCGGCGGGCAGCAGCGGGCGCCGGCGCGGGCUGUUCGGCCACCGGGACAAUGUCGGUGGCAGCGGGGCGCUGGACCCGAGCAUCGUGCAGGCGAGGGAGCAUGUGAUGCAGGCCGAGGCCGCCGAGGUGGAGGCCGACCGGGCGCUGGGCGAGGCGCGGAUGAGGGUGAGGGCCGCCAAGGACCAUGUUUGGAGGUUGGAGGAGGAGGCUAAGGAGGAGGCGAGGAGGGCCAAGCUUAAGCAGGAGCAGGCUCGGGAGGUGUCGAAGCGAGGAAGAGGCCUUGGACGUGAGUUUUCAUGA